AUGCCCUUCGGUACAGUCACUUUAAACGAUGGAAACCAGAUGCCUACCAUCGCUUUUGGAACGGGAUCGAAGUGGAAGGGUCAGGACGUCACGGACUACGUCUCUAGCGCCAUAGAAUCCGGCUUCUCGCAUAUCGACACGGCCCAGUUUUACGCCAACGAAAGCAGUGUUGCAGCGGCUAUCCGCCAAAGUGGCCUUGCGCGCUCCGACUUUUUCGUCACCACCAAGUGGUCUGCGCGGGCCGGCGUCAGAAGUAGCCUUGAGGACAGUUUAGCAAAGCUCGAGCUAAAACAGGUCGAUCUUUACCUCAUUCACAACCCCAAUCACAUGAAAGGCAUAGAGGCCGCUUGGGAGGAAUUUGAGGUAAUCAAAAAGGAUGGUUUGGCAAAGAGUGUCGGCGUUAGCAACUUCGAUUUGGAGCAAAUGCAAAACCUCAUGAAAACCGCGAAGAUAAUACCAGCAGCAAACCAAAUAGAAUUUCAUCCGUACAACUACGCCGAGAACAAAGGGCUUCUCGAAUACUGCGCAAAGCACGGCGUAGUGGUGGAGGCAUACAGCAGUCUCAGACCCAUCACCACAUACCCAGGAGGUCCUGUAGACAAGCCAGUCGAAGCUGCCGCAAAGAGGCUUGGAGCAACGCCGACCCAAGUUAUACUUUCUUGGGUCAAGAGCAAAGGCGUUGUAAUUGUAACAACAAGUUCCAGCAAGGAACAUAUGCAAGAAUAUCUGGCUGUUGGAGACCUCCCUCCUCUAACCGACGAGGAAGUAACAGCCAUUGACGAAGCAGGUGCGAAGGGCCCGCCUUUGGCAAGAACGACACUCCUGGUGCGGAAGUGGUGA